UCUUCCAGUAACUUGCCAAAAUGACGAACACAAAAGGAAAGAGGAGAGGUACUCGGUACAUGUUCUCUAGACCUUUUAGGAAACAUGGAGUCGUUCCUUUGGCCACAUACAUGCGAAUUCGCAAGAAGGGUGAUAUUGUAGACAUCAAGGGAAUGGGUACUGUUGAAAAAGGAAUGCCCCAUAAGUGUUACCAUGGCAAAACCGGAAGAGUCUACAAUGUCACCCAGCAUGCCGUGGGCAUCAUUGUAAAUGAGCAAGUUAAAGGCAAGAUUCUGGCCAAGAGGAUCAAUGUGCAGAUUGAGCACAUCAAGCACCCAAACAGCAGAAACGGCUUCCUGAAGCGGGUGAAGGAGAACGAUCAGAAGAAAAAGGAAGCCAAAGAGAACGGCACCUGGGUUCAGCUGAAGCGCCAGCCUGUGCCACCCAGAGAAGCCCACUUUGUGAAGACUAAUGGAAAGGAGCCUGAGCUGCUGGAGCCCAUUCCACAGGAAUUCAUGGUCUAA